AAUAAAUGCUCCCGCCUGUGCUGCAGGUCAAACCACCACAAAAAAAUAAGAAAGAAAUGGAAGCUCUUUAUCUCCUCUUAUCAAUCAUAUCAACAUCCAUUAGUUCCCUUGCUCUAUCUCUCCUUCUCUUUCUCCGCACUCUCCUCACCCGCCUUCGUGUAUUACACUCCACCGGCCGCCAGUCUGACUCAAUCUCUCUCUACGAAGGCACUGUCUGGCAUGAGCGUCGCCAUCCCGUUCGCCACUCCUUUCAGUACUCAGUUCGUUAUGCUCUUUUUGACCUCGACCGCUCUCCCUCUACUCCGGUUGGCCACCUCAGCGCCCAUGAUGCUCGCCGAAUAGCAGACUCCAAUGGACCAGUUUAUCUGUUGACAAUUCCUCCCAGCGUUGGAUAUGAGCAAAAUCCAUUGAGUUUGUAUUAUUGCUAUGAAGUUGAAGGAUCUAUUAACCAUUUAACCAAGUGCAUUGCUGAGGUAACAAAUACGCCAUGGGGUGAAAGAGUCACAUUUGUCUUUAAUCCAAGCUCAGAUUUAGUGGCGAAACCAUUGCAUGUUAGCCCAUUUAUGGAUAUGCUGGGGAAUUGGCGCAUUAAAGCAAAUGCUCCAGGGGACAGUUUAUCCGUGAUCAUCUCAGUUCAACACCCUGAGUUUGGUGACUAUUUUGUGGCUACAUUGGAAGCUAAAAGAUUACCCUCGCUAUUGGCAUCUGAUCACUCUUUCUUCUUCUGGUUGAUGCCUCAGAAAGUUGCACUAUGGAUAUAUUGGCAUGCUCUCAAGUUGUGGUGGAAAAAUGUGCAAUUUAUCCAACACCCAAGGUAUGGUAACCCCAGAUACAGAGAGGAAGCCGUGCUACGUGAUCAAAAGCUUCAAUGCUGUCGGGCACCUACAAGGAACGAGGAUAAACAUUUGGAAGAUAGAGGAUUUUGCCCAGGAAGUUCUGUUGACAGGAGUCAUGGUGAACGUCAGUUCAAGUGGAAAGAUGCCAAGUGGCCUUGGUGUUGAAUUGUAAGAGACCAGAGGGUGAAAAUAUGUCAAGGGUCACUUCCUUUCCGUCUGGUUAUGACUUCAAUACAUAUCAGUGUCAGUUGAACCACUAGCGUGCCAGGCUCACGCAAAUUGCAUAUUCAAUGAUCAUAUUUUGCCUGGUAACAGAACUGUGCGAAUCUGUAUUCUUAAUUUGAUAUACCUGAUGAUUCUACUUAUCACUUGGUAUUACAAGAGUAUGUAAUGGUCAAUUCCUCAUGGGAUAGGCUCAUUGUUAAUAGCAAAUAGCGUUGUUGGCGUGGCUUGUAGAAUGAAAUUAAUAACUUGCAUCACUGGUCAGUAAUUACCAGCAUUUGAUAUGGGCAGUGGUGCUUAGCAGUUGUACGUGGAAACCUUCUAUCCGGCAAUAAUAGAGGACCAACAUUAAUAACU